AUGGCGGCCGGCGACGAGAAGCGGCACCUGCUGAGCGAGGGCAGCGGCGGGUGCUACGUGGGGGCCGCGCGGAAGGACGGACAGAGCGCGGCGCACGGACAGGAGCCCGCGCUGGAGCUGGGCACACGGCGUGGGCAGCACUGCCACACGCGGGCCGCCGGCGGCCACCCCGGGCAGCAGCAGCGGGCGCGCAGGAAGCUCUACCUGGCCGCUGGCAUCUGCCUCUUCUUCAUGGUGGGGGAAGCCGUGGGUGGGUACCUGGCACACAGCCUGGUCAUCCUGACGGACGCUGCCCACCUGCUGACGGACUUUGCCAGCAUCAUGAUCAGCCUCUUUGCCCUCUGGGUGUCCUCGCGGCCCCCCACCAAAACCAUGAACUUCGGGUGGCACCGGGCAGAGAUCCUGGGGGCUCUGCUCUCCGUGCUCUCCAUCUGGGUGGUGACGGGGGUCCUGGUUUACCUGGGGGCGCAGCGCCUGCUCUCGGGUGACUACGACAUCGAGGGUGGGGCGAUGCUCAUCACCUCCGCCUGCGCCGUGGCCGUCAACAUCGUGAUGGGGCUGGCUCUGCACCAGACGGGGCACGGGCACAGCCACGGGCCAGGGGGCGAGCAGCCCAACGCCAGCGUCCGCGCCGCCUUCGUGCACGUGCUGGGGGACCUGCUGCAGAGCCUCGGCGUCCUCAUCGCCUCCUACAUCAUCUUCUUCAAGCCCGAGUACAAGUACGUGGAUCCCAUCUGCACCUUCCUGUUCUCGGCGCUGGUGCUGGGCACAACGCUGACCAUCCUCCGGGACGUCCUGCUCGUCCUCAUGGAGGGGACCCCCAAGGGGAUGGAUUUCAACGCCGUGCGGGACACGCUGCUGGCGGUGCGGGGCGUGGAGGCCGUGCACAGCCUGCACAUCUGGGCCCUGACCGCGGCCCAGCCGCUGCUCUCCGUGCACAUCGCCAUCAACGCGGCUGCCAGCGCGCAGGAGGUGCUGGAGGAGGCCAGCUCCCGGCUGCAGGGCGCCUUCCGCUUCCACAGCACCACCAUCCAGGUGGAGAGCUACUCCGAGGAGAUGCGGGACUGCCGGGAGUGCCAGCCCCCCCGCGACUGA